AUGGCACCCGCUAUCGACUUAAACUCUGGUCACCUCGGCCAUCUCACUCCCGUUCAAAACAAGAAGUUGCUGGAACUUUGGACUGUCCUUUUGACCUCUGCUGCAAAUAUUCUGUCAUCGGUAUAUGACGUCCCAAUUCCGGAGGGCACCCCAAGCAAGCUUUUCGAGACUUUGAACAAUAUAAAUGAACCCACAGUCGAGGCCAUCAUCGGCGCAUUGAAGGGUGAAGCCACCAAUGGACAGACAUCAAAUGGAACUGCACCAACCCAAUCCAAUGGCCAUACCAACGGAGAGACAACCACCGAAGGCGGCGCCGAGAACCCGGAGCAAAAGUCACUCGACAAGGUUGACUCGCUCAUGAACAAAGACGCCAAGCAAACGAUAAUCUCAGAAAUCGCCAACAGAAAGGUCACCGCGGGGCAUUUCUCUUCGCUUUUCGCCCAGCUCCGCAAGUUGGGCGUCCAGGAAGAGGAGAUCAAGUCCAUGGAGAAGAUUUUGUCUGGCAUGACGCCUCAGGAUAUGGUCUUUAUAAUGUUGAAGAUGAUCAAGCAGGAGCACCCAGACAGCUUGUUGCUCCGGUUUUUGCGCGCUCGGAAAUGGGAUGUCGGCAAAGCAUUUGCGAUGAUGGCGUCAAACAUCCUUUGGAGGAAAGAGUCUGGAGUCGAUGAAGAAGUCCUGCCCCGGGGCGAGGAGUUCGCUUUGAAGCAAUCACUAAGUGCCACCGCAACCCCGAAGGAUAGGAAGGACGGUGCCGACUUUAUCAACCAGCUCAAGUCGGGCAAGAGCUAUCUCCAUGGCUUUGACAGGGAUGGCCGGCCUGUCAACUAUGUCAGAGUUAAGAUUCACAAGCCAGGUGCUCAAAGCGAGGAAGCUCUUGAGCGGUAUAUCAUUCAUGUCAUUGAGUCAACACGGCUUACUGUGGCUCACCCUAUCGAGACGGGGACAAUUGUCUUCGAUUUGACCGGAUUCAGUCUAUCUAACAUGGACUUCCCACCAGUUAAAUUCAUUCUCAAGUGCUUCGAGGCAAACUAUCCAGAGUCUCUGGGGCAAUUGCUCAUCCACAACGCACCUUGGAUUUUCUCCGGUAUCUGGAAACUCAUCCACGGCUGGAUGGACCCGGUUGUCGCAUCCAAAGUACACUUCACCCGUUCAAUCGCCGACCUAGACAAGUUCAUUCCCCGAAAUCAGAUCCCCAAAGAAUUCGGAGGCGACGAAAACUGGACUUACGAAUACGUCGAGCCCGCCGAAAACGAAAAUGCCGUAAUGGAUGAUACCGAGACGCGCGACGCGAUCAUGUAUGACCGCGUGAUGAUUGGCAUCCGCGUGCUCGCUGCCACGGCAGCCUGGGUCUCUGCCAGCUCGGCUUCUAAUGGGAAGGAAGAGGGUUCAAAGGUGGAGGAGCUGGCGUCGCGCCGCGAGGCUGUUAUUGAUGAAUUCAAGGACAACUACUGGAAACUUGACCCCUAUAUCCGGGCCCGGGCGCUUAUUGACCGGACCGGAAUGCUUGCUCCUGGUGGUGUGCUUAAGCGCGAUGCUGUCGCUGCUUCUUAG